AGCUGCACCAACAACAUCUGCACCUCUAACUGCAGCACCUACAACAGCAGCGCCCACAACAGCUCCACCUACAACUGCAGCACCCACAACAGCUCCAGCUACAACGGCAGCACUAACAACGGCUGCACCUACAACUGAAGCACCCACAACAGCUGCACCUACAACUGCAGCACCCACAACAGCUGCACCGACAACUGCAGCAUCUACAACUGCUGCGGCAACAGCAACCCCAACAACUUUGGCUGCGACGACAGUAGCAAUAAAAACAGCUGCUGCUACAACUGCAGCGACUACAACAUUGGGAGCAACAACCUCAUUAACCACUUCGGCAACUACAACAGACGCAACUACAACUGCAGUGACUAAAACUGCAACACCUACAACUAUAGCUUUACCAACAGUUACCACACCUACAACUUUAGAAGUCACAACAAGAUUUGUGACUUUCAGAUCACUUCAAUCCAUUUUUUCUUCUGAUUUGUUGAUUCCAACAUCUCAAGCUUUUUUAAAGCGCUCUAAAAUGAUCAUGGAAGAGCUUCAUCCCAUGUUCUUAAGGAUAUUCUUUUCAUACAAGUCCAUGAGAGUGGUGUCAUUCAGGCAAGGAUCAGUCGUCAACGACAUUGAGCUUUCCUUUAAUAUGACAUCUGUUCCUCAAAACGAUGACAUUAAAGCACUGUUGAUUGAAGCAUCUUCAAACGUUACUGGGUUCGACAUUGAAACCGCCUCAAUCAUUGUGAACACAACAUCACCUACAGCAGCCGCAACUACGGCUGCAGCACCAACAACAGCUGCUGCUAUAACUAAACCACCUACAGUGGUAGGUGUAACUGCAACAACAACAACAACAGCUGCUGCUAUAACUAAACCACCUACAGUGGUAGUUGUAACUGCAACAACAACAACAACAGCUGCUCCUAUAACUAAAGCGCCUACAGUGGUAGGUGUAACUGCAACAACAACAACAGCUGCUCCUAUAACUAAACCACCUACAGUGGUAGGUGUAACUGCAACAACAACAACAACAGCUGCUCCUAUAACUAAAGCGCCUACAGUGGUAGGUGUAACUGCAACAACAACAACAACAGCUGCUCCUAUAACUAAACCACCUACAGUGGUAGCUGUAACUGCAACAACAACAGUUGCUGCAUCUUCAGCGGUUCCAAGUGGAGUAAGCCAGAAGAUCAGUCUCGUUACAGCAUCCUGCCUGAUAGUGUUGUCUUGGUUACUGUAAAGCCAACAACACCGUUAGUGCUGAUUUCCACUUCCACAACAUGAAUGUGAUUGCUAGUUAAACAAAAAAAAUACUUUGUCUUCAACAAAGAUCUAAGAUUCUUUUGGAGAUGUGGAUGAACCUUCGUUUGUCAGAUUAAAUGAUAGUGAUGAAUUAUGCUAAAUUUAAGCACCGGGUCUAUUUUAAUCAUCAUGACACUAUUAAGCUAAACAAAUGACUCAUAAACCCUGGGAUAUUCAGAAACUAGUUAUACUGUUUGCACUUCAAAUUACUUUUGCUUCCAUGAGCACUGCACUUUAGCAAUAUUUGACAUAAUGAGGGUUACAAAUGCUAUCUUUUCGGGGUUUUUUCCCGAAACAAGUCAAAUAAGCCAAAUUACAAAGUGAAACCAUUAAAUCUCUUUCAUCCUUGUUUGAAUGAACUUAUAUCUAUGGUAUUGGUAUACUCACAUGUCAAAAUAUGGCACUGUCAAUUUUCUUAUUCAUACAAUGUGUAUUUAUCUAACCAUGCAUAGCUGUAUUCUGAUGAAUAAUUAAAAUAAACAAUCUUUGAAGAAUUUAAA